AACAAUAGUAGAGACCGCCUCCUUUGACUCACCACAGGGGGGCGCUGCUACUCUGUGAUGUUUGACGUCAUCGAACAGCAGGAAUCCACGUGAUAAGUUUGGAUUCCAUUUUGUCACAUGGAGUUGUUGGGGGAGUUUAUUUAAGAUAAAAAUAUAUUAUACCUCAUUAUUAUUAACUCUAAACACGGUCUUCACAGUUUCUUCCUUUCAGAUACAAAGAUAAUAAUUGAUCUUCUUUUUAACAACAUUCAUGUUGGAAGGUGAAGAUCCCACAACGACACAGUGAUUCUAAAUAAAAGUUUCAUAGUUUCUACAGACACACCGAGCUGUGUGUUCCUGCCGGGACUCGAUGGUUAAAUGAUGAUUGAAGGACCUUAACGGAGUCACAGAGUGAAAGAACCUGAGCGGAUGGAGGUGUCUCCUGCAGGGCUGAUGGGAGGUGUGAGGACCCGCCUCUCUCCCCUCAGCUGGUCCUCGUUGGUCCUCCUGCUGCUUCAGAGCUCCACUUCUGCUCGGGUUCACCAGAGGAAACACCGAUGCACGCCAUGCUUUCCCUCCCAGCUGCUGCUCUGUGCGCCCUGUGUUCAGCUUUGGUUGCCAUGGCAGCACAGCUGAUUCAGGAGGACCUGACGUUGACCAGGAGAGUUGGUGGGAAAGUUUCCUUCAGCUGUCGAGGCACUAAACAGUGUCCCUAUGAUUAUGUAAUCUGGUUCCAGAAGAGAGACACGGGAACAUUCACACGGAUUCUUCGUAUUGAUAAGACAAAUGGAUACAUAUAUAAGGGGUACAAUCAUCCUCAGAAAGAUGAUUUCACAGCUGUGAAUAAAGGAGAUGGCUGUGAUUUGGAGAUACAGAAAGUUAAACCCAGUCAUUCAGCCUCCUACUACUGCUCCUGUUGGAUCCUCACAGUGAGAAAAGCUUCCUGCAGCCUGAACAAAAACCAUCAGAAGAACAGGAACUACAAACUCACCAAAGUUCAUCCUCUGAGGACCAUGAACGUGUCCUCAGAGACGCUGUUUUUGUCUCGCUCUGUUUCACUGUGGGAUCCAUAUGAUGAUUACCGUUACUAUGGUUACUUAAUCUUUGGUUCUGGGACCAAACUGUACGUAACAGGUGAGGAGGUGGUGAAGCCCGUGGUGAGCGUGUACCCAGCAGCAUCCAGCGCCAACCUGGAGGGGAGGAGCUCCCUGCUGUGUCUGGCCUCCUCCAUGUUUCCUCCUCUGGUCCGGUUCUCCUGGAAAAGACAGAAGGAGAACGGUCCUCUGGUGGAGAUGCUCCCUGCUGAGGCAGAGCAGCUGGAGCUCACAGAGUCCGGACGCACCGCCGCCAUCUUGCUGGUCCAUCAGCAGGAGAACAGCCGCUAUCGAUACCGCUGCUGCGUCCACCACGAGGGGGGAAGGGUGGAGGCCCAGACCGAGCAAGAGGUCAGAGUUCCUCCAUCAGGUCCAGGCCCGUCUCCGUACCAGGUGAAGCUGCUGUGCCGGCUCUACGUGGGGCUGGUAGUGAAGAGCCUGGUGUUCUGCUGUGGAGUCUCUCUGGUGAUGGUCCUCAGGAACACUGCUCACAUGUAGGACUUCUCUCCUCUUCACCUCCAUCCGUUAGUCCCUUUGAUCAGCAAUCAUUAACAUCUGCUUCCAGGUGAUGCUUAUGUUCAGAUGUUAAACACCACCAUCCUAAAGGUAUGAAUACAUACACCUGUGUAUUCUACUGUCAUUUACUGACAUUUACUGUCAUUAUUUCUACUGUUAAUUACAGUAUUUCUACUUAAACAUCUUGUAUAAUGAUGGAACAUGAUGCUGAAUCAUCAGCUAUCUGUUAAAUAGUCUGAUUUUCCUUCAAAUGAAGGUUGAUUAUCUGUUUGUUGGGAUCCUCAAGUGAUGGUUUUAUACGUAAUAUUGAUGAAGUCUAUUUGUGGUCGUUGUGUUUUCUGCUUCAGUUUGUUUCUUCAUGCAUUGAACACGUUGUGAAAUGAAUAAA